AUGGCGGUCAACGGCCAUCGGCCGCCUGAUGGUUUCAACACCACAUUCCCCUCGCCCUCUGCCGCUCCUCCGCGGUCGUUCUCGAUUGAAGGCUUUCGCAUUACUACCCAGAAAUUACCCAUCCUGAAGGCCGGGCCUAUUGAAGAGAUGACAAAUAAGCUUGGAAUAGCUCCACCUGAAAUGAUCUUUGGCGAUAACUUCGUGGAAAUUGAACACGCAUCUUCCCAUUGGGGGAUCAAGUUUGACGCCUUCGGAGCGCUUGAUCGAGUUGACAAGACCGGGGAGAAGAGGCUGAAGGUCGCCUACUCCCAAGAAUGGCAGCAGAGCAGAGAAGACGCGCAUGACAUCAAAGAAGUCAUCAAACCGUUCGACUGGUCCUAUACCACUGACUAUAAAGGUGAUCUCGCACCUGGCAGCCCUGCGUUUCACGCUGCAAGCGACGCCAUCCCUUUCGAGCUAUUGAAGCGACCAGACCCCAUUCUGUUCUUCGAUGAUGUGAUUUUGUACGAGGAUGAGCUUGCCGAUAAUGGCAUUGCCAUGCUUUCAUGCAAGAUCCGAGUCAUGCCUGCGCGAUUACUCCUCCUCUGUCGAUUCUUUAUGAGACUGGACAACGUGGUGGUCAGGCUACGCGAUACCAGGCUGUACAUCGACUUCGGCAAGAAGGAGGCAAUCAGAGAAUACAUCGCAAAGGAGGAAGCGUAUGAAAGGGUUCGUGAUGAAUUGGCGAGGAGGAGGGAUGACGUGACUGCAGUGCUGCGAGAUGCAAAUCAAAUGGCCGAUUUCUUACCCGUUGUCGAAAAGACCCUCGAACAAGUCCAAUUGGGAACAUGA